CUCCCUCUUUUGUGAAAAUAUGUGAAUUUAAGGUAUUCUAUGUUGGGAAACUACCUAAAUAUCCAGGCCUCUGCAAACACUGUCUGGUUCCAAUAUCUUAUUUUCCGGUAUGCAAGAAUUUCGAUUUUCCAAAUGACACCUAUUGGCCACUGGGUGAAUCACAAGGAAAGAACCUUCAAUUGGACACACUUGGGUUUAAAUCCUGUGAAAUUAGGAUUUUACAAGCAUCCAACCCAAAUGUCUAAAAUUCAAUUAAUUUUGGAAAGAAGAUAACCUAUUCAGAACCUGCAAAUGUUGACUAUACCUGUUGUUUUGUUUUUAAAAUACUCUUUGUUGAAGUGUUCUAUAUUGCUUUAGGGGAUGAGUUAUUAUCUCCUUAAGGUCUUGGGCAUUUCUCACCACAUGAGCUAGCCUUUGGGGUUGAAUUAGGCCCAAGGUCCAUUUUAUAAGGUAUUGGAUCCAGACCUAUCCAUAAUCUUGGUUUACUGAAGCGUUGAUGCCCAUGUUGUAUUUUUUCAUGCUCCAGAUGUGUAGCCCUGAGAGUGCCCGGGGGGAGGGAUGAGGGUGGUGUUAUAGUGUCCCAUAUUGGUUGAGAGAAUGUGUUGUCUCUUUAUAUGAUCUGGGGCGGUUCCACCAUAUGAGCUACAUAUUGGGUUGGGUUACACCAAAUGUAACACUUUUGAGUUGCAUGUUACAGAAAAUCCCCGUUCUAAACUUGAACAGAAAAUCCCAGUUUUAAAAAGGUUCUGUGGACGCCGUUAGACCAAAAGGUGCUUCCUGUAACAAACCCCAUCAGCUCUCACAAUGGUGAAACCAAAAACUAAGAAGACUUACUGCAAAUCGGAGGAGUGCAAGAAGCACACCCUGCAUAAAGUUACUCAAUACAAGAAAGGAAAAGAUAGCUUAGCUGCUCAAGGGAAGAGACAUUAUGAUCGCAAGCAAUCAGGUUAUGGUGGACAGACAAAACCUGUCUUCCACAAGAAGGCUAAAACUACCAAGAAGAUUGUGCUAAGGUUGCAAUGCCAAGUGUGCAAACAUGUAUCCCAGCACCCAAUCAAGCGGUGUAAGCCCUUUAAGAUUUGUGGAGAUAAGAAGGCAAAGGGAACUUCUCUCUUUUAAGUGGAAAAUUCAAGCAGAUGGCCUUCUUCUGUUCUGACAUAUUGGAAUUGCUUUUCCAGUUGCAAUGUAGUUUAAGAUCCUUGACCAUUAAUAUCUGUGUCGGGAAUUCUGUUUUCCAAUGAUUUAAAGUUCGAAUUUCCUUGUCUUUCAAAAAACAAAAAUAGAAGUUUAGUUUGAAACUUAAUCAAACUUGUCGGUUGCAGCAGCUGCUGCUCUACUCUUAUGUGAGAAUCAAGUAUCUUUGUGCCUAUUGUCAGUCUGUCAUAAUGGGCAGGUUGCAAAUGAGAGUACCAAAGCAUUUCAGUUCUGAGCCACAGACGUUUCUCUGGCAGCAAGUGCUGAUGCUUCUUCGUUCUGCAAGAUAAGCAAGGGUAGGUUUAUGAGGGUUUUCGCUUAAGAAUUUCAACAGUUGGUAUUCCACGCAUCCCUUUUUAUAUAACAAUAUUGCAAUUUGGACAAGCAAAGAGUUGGGGGAAUGGUUUGUUGUCUUCUUAAGGUCUUGGUAUUUCUUACCGCAUGAGCUAGCUUUUGGGAUUGAAUUAGGGCCAAGGCCCAUUUUCUUGGUAUGGUAAUGGAGCCAGAUCUAUCCAUAUUCUUGGUUUACUUAGUUGUGGGCUCCCAUGUUAUGAUGUUCACGCUCUAGAUGUCUAGUCUUGAGAGUGACGAGAAGGGAGGUGUGGGUGUUAUAGUGUCCUAUAUUGGUUGAGAGAAUAUGUUGUCUCCUUAUUGA